ACAAUACAAAACUGUUGCUGUUUGCCACUGCAGUGACCACCAACUCCAACGCUACCACCAUCAACAUCACGGCUAGCAACACUACCUCAUAUACUAAAAAUCACAACCACUAUCUCAAUCACACCACAUGCACCAAAAAAAUCUCCAAAUCCGAUGCAAUCGUCGCCACCACUUCAUCACUACCACUGCCUUAUGAACAAUAACCACCACGACCUCUUCAAUUUCACGACAGUCAGCAGUCCAAUAGUGGUGUCGCAGUAGCACCUUUGUGUGCAGUGGCGAUGGGCCUCAACCAAUUGAAAAUACGACCAAAGAAAAACACAUAUAGAUACCAGUCACAGUCACAGCUCGCAUCAGAUUUCAACCAUGACCUUCGGCGAGGCUGAACCAAUAAAGGAGCAAGAGGUAAAAGGCUGAACUGGGAGAGAUCUCUCUAGCAGCGCUCGUCGUCAUCUCUCUAGCAGUGCUCGUUGCUACACACCAAUUAAGCCACCAGUCGCUUGUCCGACGAUGAUGGGUUCUUGUUGUGUUGGUCGGAGCAGCUCUCUCGUCGACUGCUGAAGUCUGAAUUGAUGGAAGGAGAGAGGAAGAGGGAGGGGCAAGUCGGCAAAUGUAGAGAGAGAGGAAAAUGAAAAUAAACUAGGAUUGGAUAAAAUUUGUAUUUUAAUAUUUAAUAUUUAAAAUAUCUUAUUUUUGAACCGGGAAGCUUUUACUAUGAUUUUAGAGUAAUUAUCUUGAGAAGUAAGUGGGGAUGUAGUUUCCACUUUGACGAUUCUAGCUCAAAUCGCAGAAAACUGGAGAGAACACCCACCCCCCGCGCCCACCCCGCGGGGUCAUUGCCAACGUGACGAAACAAGAACCCUAAUUCAAAACCGUCACCGCUCGGCUAAUUUUCCCUCCAUUCACAAACCCCCCAAAAAUGUCUUCUCUGUACAGAGCAUCGAAAGCUCUCAAAUUAUGCAGGGCAACACCGACUUCUUUUUCUAAUAAUAAUUACACCAGCAGAUUAAGUUCAACGUGCUAUUUGGAUUCUAUUUUGGAGUGGACUCAAAGUGCAUUUUUCGCCACGCAUUCUAGCCAUAAUGCUAAGCCAACCAUAGACUUGUGUCAGUACUCCUCUGAUAAGAUCCGGAACUUUUCCAUUAUUGCCCAUGUUGAUCAUGGCAAGUCGACACUGGCCGACCGGCUUUUGGAGCUCACUGGAACCAUCAGAAAAGGCCACGGACAACCCCAGUACCUCGACAAAUUGCAGGUAGAGCGAGAGCGGGGAAUAACUGUCAAGGCUCAGACAGCAACUAUGUUUCAUAAGCACAGCUUCCUUGGCACUGAAACAGAAUUUUUAAUGAACCUGAUUGACACACCUGGGCAUGUGGAUUUCAGCUAUGAAGUAUCAAGGUCUUUGGCAGCUUGCCAGGGUGCCCUUCUUGUUGUUGAUGCAGCUCAAGGCGUCCAGGCACAAACUGUUGCUAACUUUUAUCUUGCUUUCGAGUCAAACCUCACAAUAAUUCCUGUUAUAAACAAAAUUGAUCAGCCAACAGCUGAUCCAGAUCGUAUUAAAGCGCAGCUGAAGUCUAUGUUUGAUCUUGAUCCAAGCGAAGCUCUAUUAACAUCUGCCAAAACAGGUCAAGGUCUGGAGCAGGUCCUUCCCGCUGUAAUAGAGAGAAUACCUCCUCCUCCCGGGAAGAGUAAUUCACUGUUACGUAUGCUUUUGUUGGAUUCAUAUUAUGAUGAAUACAAAGGAGUUAUCUGCCAUGUAGCAGUUGUUGACGGUGCUCUUCAAAAGGGUGAAAAGAUUUCAUCUGCUGCAACUGGUCAAUCCUAUGAAGUUUUGGACGUCGGUAUCAUGCACCCUGAACUGAUCCCUACUGGGGUGCUUCUAACAGGGCAAGUGGGAUAUAUUGUCAGUGGCAUGCGUUCAACUAAAGAGGCCCGUGUUGGUGAUACUCUUUAUCAUACUCGAAGCACUGUAGAGCCCCUUCCAGGUUUCAAGCCAGCCAAACAUAUGGUAUUCUCUGGUCUAUAUCCAGCUGAUGGAUCUGAUUUUGAAGCACUUAAUCAUGCCAUUGAGAGACUCACUUGCAAUGAUGCGAGUGUCUCUGUUACCAAAGAGAGUAGUUCAGCACUUGGCUUGGGAUUCAGGUGUGGUUUCUUAGGCUUACUCCACAUGGAUGUUUUUCAUCAGCGGCUUGAGCAGGAACACGGAGCUCAUGUGAUUUCCACUGUUCCUACUGUGCCAUAUAUUUUUGAGUAUGCAGAUGGGAGCAAAAAGCAUAUUCACAAUCCUGCUACAUUGCCGUCAAAUCCUAAACAGCGUGUGACAGCUUGUUGGGAGCCUACCGUAACAGCAACAAUUAUAAUUCCUAGUGAGUAUGUGGGCUCUGUUAUAACUCUUUGCUCUGAACGGCGAGGGGAGCAGUUGGAACACUCGUUUAUUGACAGUCAAAGGGCUUUCAUGAAGUAUCGAUUACCUUUGAGGGAAAUCGUUGUUGACUUUUACAAUGAAUUAAAGAGUAUAACUUCGGGAUAUGCAUCAUUCGAUUACGAGGAUGCAGACUAUCAGGACUCCGACUUGGUGAAACUCGAUAUCCUCUUAAAUGGACAACCAGUGGAUGCAAUGGCAACUAUUGUUCAUAGAUUGAAGGCGCAGCGUGUUGGCCGUGAACUUGUGGAGAAGCUGAAGAAAUACAUAGACAGGCAAAUGUUUGAGAUAACCAUACAAGCUGCUAUUGGAUCAAAGGUCAUUGCAAGGGAAACGGUUUCGGCUAUGAGGAAAAAUGUACUUGCAAAAUGUUACGGUGGUGAUGUAACUAGGAAAAGGAAGUUGUUGGAAAAGCAGAAAGAAGGAAAGAAGCGCAUGAAGCGAAUUGGCUCUGUUGAUAUACCCCAAGAGGCUUUUCAUGAGCUGCUAAAGGUUUCAUGAAGAAAAGAGGAUGUAAUAGGGCCUGAAGUACAUGUAUCCAAUUACUUCGUUAUUAACUCAAAAUGAUUCCUCUCAAUAGGUAUUGAGUGCCAAUAGAAGGCAUCCCAGUUUUUGAUUUGCCAGGAAAAGUUGAUUUAGUAUAAAUGUAAAAUAAUAUAUAUAUAUUUUUUUCUCCUGAACUAUUACUAUAACUUCCUCAGCAAAUAAUUUAUAUGUUUGCUGACACCGGGGAAAUGUUGGACAGUGGGUGUAAUGUCUCUGUAUGAUUUUCUGUAAAUGACACUCAAAGAUUUAUUUAUAUGAUGAAGCAUGGUAAUUUUCA